UGAAACAGACAAAUAAAUUAAACAAUGUGUAGGGGUGCAUAAUAACUGAAGACAAUGCAUUUUCUUUCUAGACUUUACUGUUGAUGACAUCAAGACAAGGGCAGUAUCUCUGCGAACGCAGUACUGCCGUUUGAUGAAACCCAAACCAAGUAGGAGUGGAAACAAACCCUGGACUCCACGACAAAAGUGGCUUCUGAGCGUGAUGGAUUUCAUCAAAACAUAUAUUGUCCACCGGCCAUCCGAAACAACACUUGGUGCAUCAUUCAAUGAGCAGAGUGAUGCAGACGAUAUGGACCUCUCAGACAUAAGGCCUGAUACACCUUCAGUGGAUAGCUCCCAAUGUACGGCGUCCACCCCAAAUCGGUGUAAUGAAGAAGCCUCUUCAUCGGCUGAGGAAACCACUUCAACUGCCUCAAGUGAUAGUUGUAAACAGACGGGUCGGAACACCAAUCUCCAUAAACGAAAGAGGGUGUCCGAAGGUGCUAUAGAGCUGCAAAAGCUGGAUUUGUUAAAGCAGAUGGUUGCUCAAGUGGACUCACAACCAACUAUGGACACAUUAAGUUCUUUUGGGAACCAGGUGGCUUUAGAAUUGAGGGACAUUCAAGACCCAGAUCUCGUAUCACGACUGAAAAGGAGCAUAAUGGUCCUCAUGUAUAACGCACAAGAGACUGAUAGAAACAGAUCAUUGUCGUCAUCUGGUCAACCUACCCCAGGCAUAUAUCAACAGGUCAAUUCAGGUCUACCAUCGGCCCAGCCUAUUUCUCAGCAGUCUUAUUAUGGGUCAGGCCAUGGAUUUCAUAGAUCGCUUUUGGAGUCACAACCUGAACAUGCCUAUGACUAGCCAUUGUAAAAAAAAACUGUAAAUAGUUGUGGAUUUUUUGUAUUUUUAACAAUAUUUUUUUAUACAUUUUUAUUUUAAAACUUUUUAUUUUAUUAUAGUAGUGCACUACUUGAAGGUACUUCAACUUGAAUGUACAGUGAUCCUUUCUCUUGUG